AUGAAACGACAACAUUCAUCUUCUUCUCUUUUACACGGAGAAGGGUCUUCGAAUGGCAUCCAGAAUUAUCGUUCGCAUGUCGAUCCACGCAUAACAGAAUCACGUACAAAAUUACCGAUCUGGAUCGCAAGGGAUGCAAUCGUUGAUGCUGUCAAAGAAAAUGACACAGUUGUCAUCCUUGGUGAAACGGGUAGCGGUAAAACUACGCAAAUACCUCAAUUCUUAUUUGAUGGAGGAUUAUCGAGCUAUAACAGUAUCACACAACCGAGGAGAGUGGCAGCAAUCUCUUUGGCAAAGCGAGUUGCAGUAGAGAUGGGUGUGCCGGAACCUGACAAUCAGAACAAGCAAUCUGCUCCGGGAAGUGGGAACAAUCCGGCAUUGGUGGGCUAUUCGGUUCGUUUUGACGAUCGGACGAGCAAACAGACAAGAGUCAAAUUCAUGACUGAUGGUUGGCUUUUACGUGAACUUUUGGCCGAACAGGGGCAGCAGGAGAUGACAUAUAGCUUGCUGGAGCAGUACUCCGUCAUCAUCAUCGAUGAAGCACAUGAACGCUCAGUACAUACAGAUGUUGUCCUUGGUCUGAUUAAGCAGGUGCAGAGGGAACGCAAAAGGAUUCGAAAGGAAUGGCUGGAGCGUACAGAUGAGGGAAAUUCGACAAACGAAUACGAACCCACUGAACUCAAAGUCAUCGUGAUGAGUGCAACAAUCGAUGCAGAGUCUUUCGCCAACUUUUUCGUAGAUGAAAGAUCCAAGCCAGCCCCAAUCCUCUACAUCAAAGGACGACAAUACCCGGUGAAAUUGUUACAUUCAGAAAAUACUUGCGAAGAUUGGAUUGAUUCUUGCAAGAAAGUGGUCGUACAAAUAUCCGCAAUGCUGCCUGGGGACGUUUUGAUCUUUAUGACGGGAGCAGAAGAGAUUGAAUCUUUUGCAUCUGAACUGCGAGAGUUAGAUGAAGGACUACAAAUGUACGCUGAAGAUAAUGGAAAGCCGAAACCUUUGAACUUACUUGUGGUGAAAUUGUACGCGGCCUUAGGAGGAGAUGCCAUUCGUAAAUGUUUCAGUCCAACGCCACCAGGGAGUCGAAAGAUUGUAUUAGCAACAAAUAUUGCCGAAACAAGUAUCACGAUUCCUGGCAUUUCCUACGUGAUUGAUUGCGGUUUGGCAAAAGAACGUACAUUUCAGUCAUCCAUGACAGGUCGUGCCGGUCGUGAAAGGGCUGGAACAUGCUUCAGAUUAUUCACACAAUUAACUUUUGAAACUUUACCGGAGUCUUCUGUUCCGGAGAUCUUACGUACAGAUCUAAGUUCAGUCGUUCUUGACGUUUUUGCUAUGGGAUUGGAUCCUUUAUCGUUCAAUUGGCUCGAUCAACCUGACUCUGGGGAUUUGACUGCUGCUGUGUUGAAUCUGACGGAAUUAGGUGCCUUAUCGACACCAAGUGGACCAAAAAAAGAUGGAAAGUUUAAUCUGACUGAUUUAGGCAGACGGAUGUCCAAAUUACCUCUUCUGCCUGCAUUAUCCAAGACACUGUUGACUGCUUGCAAUUUUGAUGAUGACGGUAAGGUGUUCUGGUAUGCUCUCGAUCUGGUCUCGAUAUUGAGUACAGAAAGAAGGACGAUUCUGCUUGAAGCUAGCGGCGGACGCAGUUCGGAAAACAAGGAAGGAAAAGCGAAUCAAUCGAAACGUGAUGAAGCGGAUCGUGCUCGAGAAAGACUUGCACAUCCUAGUGGAGAUCAUGCUACUCAAUUGCAAGCAUUAUAUGCUUUUGAUGAUAUGGAGGAAAGUUGUAGGACUCAAGAAUGGUGUAAUGCAAAUUAUGUGAGCUUGAAAGCAGUUCGAGAGACGAGAAAGAUUCGAUUACAAUUAUUGCAAGUUUGUAGACAACAAGGUUGGAUACCUGAAGCUAUUGAGAAGCAGAUGACAGGGGAGCGUGAAGAUUAUUCUUCCCUUAUCAAAUGUUUGGUGCAAGGAAAAAGGGUCAAUGCGGCCUUUCGAGACCCACAAACUUCUUACUACAAACGAGCACUUGGUGGUCAAUCCAAGUUCAGAAUUCAUCCUUCUUCCACUUUGUUACUCUCAAACAAUCGAGGUCCCGCAGGUCUUCCAAACGUGAUCUAUUUUGAAGAUAUGAUCUUCACGAAGGACCUCUAUGCUCGAACUGUCAGUGCAGCCGAGGCAAGCUGGCUGACGGAUAUGAGCGCCCAAAGCAAAGCCAAUUAA